UUGUGGAUGUGUGUGUUGUUAUAGUAAACCGGCUGCCGGCCCUCCUCCGCGGCUCCGUGUCCUCUCUGUGUCUCGGUAUAUAAGGAUCAGGAGGGGGGGAUGUCAGCCCGCUGACCACCGGGGGGGAAGAUGCUGCCGCUCGGUGUGAUGCUGCUGCUGCUGCUGACGGCCGCUGCCGCCGCCGCCGACGUGACUGGGACCGGCGCUCCGCCGCUCCUUGAGCCGGGGCUCGGCUUCUCUUCACCGGUCCCCGCCUCUCCCUCCGCCCCGCCGCUGCUCCUUCUCCCGAGACCCCAAGCGGACCACGGGGCGCCCGGUGUAGCCUUGGCCCGGUCAGCGGCGGAGGAGCCGCCCGGCCCCGGAGUGGAGCUAGAGGAAGGGGAGCAUCAUCAUCAUCACGGCGGCGGGUACAAGAUCGUCCAGUGGGAGUGGAGCUACGUCCAGACUCCGUACAUCAUCGCCAUCUGGCUCCUGCUGGCCAGCGUGGCCAAGAUCUUGUUCCACUUCUCCCAGCGCUUCACCACCGUGGUCCCUGAGAGCUGCAUGCUGAUCCUGCUGGGUCUGGUCCUGGGUGGAGUUGUCCUCAUAGCCAAUAAGAAGCAGCUCUACCAGCUAGAGCCCGCCCUCUUCUUCCUCUUCCUGCUGCCGACCAUCGUAGGGGAUGCCGGUUACUUCAUGCCAGCCCGUCUCUUCUUUGACAACCUGGGAGCCAUCCUGACGUACGCCGUGGUGGGAACGCUGUGGAACGCCUUCUGCACCGGAUUCUGUCUGUACGCUGCCAAACUGCUGGGCGUCAUUGACGAGCGAGUGCAGGCGGAGCUCUUGGACUUCUUGUUGUUUGGAGCGUUGAUCUCCGCCGUCGACCCGGUGGCGGUGUUGGCUGUGUUCGAAGAGGUUCACGUCAACGACACGCUCUUCAUAAUCGUGUUCGGAGAGUCGCUGGUGAACGAUGCCGUCACUGUGGUUCUUUAUAAAGUCUACAUUUCCUUUGUGGAAGUGGGAGCAGAGAACGUACAGACGGUGGAUUACUUCAAAGGAGUCGCCUCCUUCCUCGUCGUCAGCAUCGGGGGCACCAUGGUGGGUCUGGUGUUUGCCGUCAUCCUCGGCUUCAUCACUCGUUUCACCAAGAAGGUUCGGAUCAUCGAGCCUCUCUUCGUCUUCCUGCUGGUUUACCUGGCCUACCUGACCGCGGAGCUCUUCUCCUUGUCGGCCAUUCUGUCUAUGACCUUCUGUGGUAUUGGUGCCAAUAAAUACGUGGAGGCCAAUAUUUCCCAGAAGUCUCGGACCACGGUGAAGUACACGAUGAAGACUCUGGCCAGCAUUGCAGAGACCAUCAUCUUCAUCUUUCUGGGGAUCUCGGCGGUAGACAAGUCCAAAUGGGCGUGGGACACCGGCCUGGUGUCCUGCACACUCAUCUUCAUCUUAAUCUUCAGAGCUAUGGGUGUGAUCGGUCAAACCUGGGUCCUGAACCGCUUCCGCCUGGUGCCGUUGGACAAGCUCGACCAGGUGGUGAUGUCAUACGGCGGCCUGCGAGGGGCGGUGGCCUUCGCUCUGGUAGUGCUGCUGGACGGCAAUCAGGUCAAAGCCAAGGAUUAUUUUGUCGCCACGACGAUUGUGGUCGUCUUCUUCACCGUCAUGUUCCAGGGUCUGACCAUCAAACCGCUCGUCAAGUGGCUCAAAGUUCCUCGAUCCACCAGCAGGAAGCCGACCAUCAACGAGGAGAUCCACGAGAGGGCGUUCGACCACAUCCUGACAGCUGUGGAGGACAUCGCAGGCCUGCAGGGAUAUCACCACUGGAGAGACAAGUGGGAGCAGUUUGAUAAGAACUACCUGAGCAAGCUGCUGCUGAGGAAGUCUGUGUACAGGAAGAGCGAGCUGUGGGAAGCUUAUCAGAAGAUCAACAUCAGAGAUGCCAUCAAUGUCAUCGAUCAGGGUGGGAACGUCCUGACUUCAGCCAGACUGUCUCUGCCCUCCAUGGCGAGCAGAGCUUCAUUCCCCGAAGUCACCAACGUCACCAACUACCUGCGUGAGAAUGGCAGCGGUGUGUGUCUGGACCUGCAGGCAAUCGAUAACGUCCCCGGAGCCAAAGUGGAGGAGGACACAGAAACACACCACGUCCUCGCAGAAAACCUGUACAAACCCAGGAGACGGUAUCAGUCCCACUACAGCCGUCACUUCAUGCCUCUGGGGGAGAAGGAGCGUCAGGACCGGGAGGUGUUUCAGAGGAACAUGAAGAGCCGCAUGGAGACGUUCAAAUCGAGCCGACACAAACGACACAAGAAGGAGAGAAGCCUCAAGAAGCGCCGAGGAUCCGACGUCAAGGAGGACGGCAGCGACAAACCGAGACGCAACGUCAGCUGGCAGGACAAAAAUCCAGUGGUUGUUCCAGUGGAGUCAGAGGAGGAGAAAGGUGACCACUCAGACCCUGAAAAAGAGGAAGACGUCGGGAUCACCUUCGUCGCUCGCAAGCCAGAGACACCAAAACAGCGACCCCAAUCCGUCCCUGCAGCUCUGGACGGGCCUCAGAGUCCAGCAUCCGGCCCGCCUCACCCCCUUGGAGACAGCCACCUACCAUGGAAGGGCAGUGUGGGUUCUCCUCCCCCCUGUGUGUCUGUGGAGGCCACGAAGAUCAUCCCUGUGGACCUCCAACAGGCCUGGAACCAGAGCAUCUCAUCCCUGGAGAGCAUCUCCUCGCCGCCCGCCCUGCCUGAGCCCUUCCACCCCCGAGUGAGCGCCCUCGCCAGACUGGGAGGAACCCGUCCAGCCUCCUACACCCCACCAGGCAGCACCCCACCAGGCAGCACUGUGGGAAGCAACUCCUCCAUCGGACCUCAGGUGUCACAGGGCCCCUUCCGCUUUCCAGAGAAGAAGAAGAAGGAGGAGGACGAUGAGGAGGAGGAAGAUGGAGGAGCCGCACAAGAGAUGCAGCCACUCAUGUCAUCUCUGAGGCCUCCCGGCCCCCUGCCACCGCCUCCACCACCGCCAGGCUUUGCCCCUGGGUCAGCGAGGAGGAGGAACCCCUGUGUCUACUUGAGGAGCCUGGUGGCCGCGCCCCCUCCUGGCAGUGGAGAGCCACACAGCCGAGGCCCCACCCAGCUGUAACAACAGAUCCCAGAUCAGUAAAACACCUCUCUAAUGCAGAGCGGAGCAGGAACUGUGCUCCACCAAUCAGCAGCUUCAGUUUCACUGCAAAGAACCCAACACAUACACACUCACACACACAUUUACCCACAUAUAUAAAGUAUAUACACACACACGUACACACGCCGUCCAGUAGGAAAACAGGUCUCCACAUCUCCUCUGCGUCUGCAGCCUCAUGAUGGAGUUUCAGCUUUACUGUGAGCGUUGACAUCUCUACAACAUCCUGACUGAUAUGAGCAGAACACUGAGGUCAGAUGUCACCCCGAUAGUCUAAUCACUGCUCUAACCUGCACAUCACCAGCCCUCACAUAUCACCAGCUCCUGAGAGAAGACUAAAGGUACAGACAGCUGGUCGGACAGGAGAUAUCUUUUUAAAUGUUAUACCAUUCAUUUCACGACUUUUAAUGUAACAAAGAUUCUGAGUUAUUUUCUAUUUGUGUCUUUGUUAGCUAUUGUUUUCUAAUCACAGGUCAUUUUUUACGCAUCUCUGGGUCUAAAUAACUAACAGGUUGUAAAACAAACUGUAUUGGCUGAAAAGUAAUCCUUGGUGACAAAAUACCCGAUCAAAGUACCUCUACUAAAAGUGCUUUGUGGCACUGAUAAAUUACUCUUAGUUUUUUCAAUAGAGUCAGGUAGUCUUAAAGAGACAUGUAACAGCUGUUUCUGGUUUCUCUCUUACAAAAAGAUCUUAUUUUGUAGGAAGUCUACAAUUCUACAAUUCAUUUAGCAGACACUUAUCCAAAGCGACAAACAUCAGAGAGUAAUAACAACACAAGCAAGGAUGUAGA